AUGCCCCGGUCACGCUCAGGGGGCUCAAGCCCAACCACCAAUGGCGACCCCGUUGACUUUGACGUGGCCGCCCCAAGGUGCCCGCCCACCAGCCGCCGCAAGCAGGCCGUAGACACCGACGCCUUCAUCAGCAAGCCCUCCAUUGCCCGUGCCAAUCUGGCCGUGUCGAUGGCCAAGCCCGAAGGCAGUCCCGAGUCGCAGAAUAAGUUCAAGGACUAUACCGUCCUCCAGCAGCACGUCCUCUUCUGGGACCGUGACAACGACGGUCAGAUCUACCCCUGGGACACGUACAUUGGCUUCCGGGACCUGGGGUUUAAUAUCCUGUUCUCCUUCCUCGCGAUGGUGAUUAUUAAUGGCAACUUUUCGUAUCCCACGCGGUUGGCCAAGUCGUACAUCCCGGAUCCCUUGUUUCGUGUCUAUGUGGGGAGCAUCCACAAGGCAAAGCACGGCUCUGAUUCUGGAACUUACGACAGGGAGGGCCGCUUCCUCCCGCAGAACUUUGAGGACAUGUUCUCCAAGUGGGACGUGACGGGCUCUGGGUCGCUCUCUGCCUCGGAGCUGUGGAACAUGAUCAAGGGGAAUCGGCUGGCUGUUGAUCCGUACGGGUGGGGUGCAGCUAUCUUUGAAUUCGGAACCACCUGGCUGCUGGUGCAGAAGGAUGGGCGCGUGUCUAAGGAGGACCUCCGUCAGACGUACGAUGGCACCCUCUUCUGGAAAAUCAAGGAGGCCAGAGAGCAAGGCAAAGGCUGGGACAAGGGAUUUGGCCUCGGGGAUCUGGUGGUCCUGGCCAAGAACACUAUCAAGGGAUUCUUGCUGAGGGAAGGCGGCCCCUUGGAGAAUCUCGCCCGGCGCAGUGACUGA